AUGGAAACCUCUGCAGGAAUGCAGCCUAUGACGAGCGACAAGACCCCGAGAAACUCUAUUCUGUCUCCUAAACAAACGUUAAAAUUUGGUUGUUGGAAUGUUAGAACUAUGAACGAAACAAGCAGAACUGAUCAAACAAUUAAGGAAAUGAAGAGAUUCAAGCUUGACAUAUUGGGUGUUAGUGAAUGCAGAUGGACUGAUUCAGGAAAAUAUAAACACAAUUCAGGUACAGACAUUUAUUAUUCAGGACGUACAGAUGGUAGACACCAGGAAGGAGUAGCUAUUCUAUUGAGGAAGAGAGCAAGCAAGUCUGUUGUAGAAUGGACAGCAAUAAAUGAAAGAAUAAUAAAAAUACGAAUGAAGACCAGUCAUGGACACAUGAGUCGACCGUUAUCCAAUGCUAUGCCCCAACAAAUGAUUAUACAGAUAAUGAGAAAGAGAAUUUUUAUGAUAAAUUAA